UAAUUUUGUUUGUUGCGUUUAUCUAUUUCAAGUACAUAUUUGUUGAGUUGUUAACAGUUCAACAAUCAUCUGUGAGCCUAUUAUUAGUGUAUUAAUGGACAUUCUUUCGAUUGCUCUCUAUUAACGAAUAGCCUUUCUCGAAAAAUAGUUAUUUCGAUUAAGUUAUAUUUAAGCACAAAUAAAAUGAGGAAUUCGAGACUUAAUGGGCUGUACUACAAAAACCAGUCAACACCGUAUGCUCGCAGGUGUCGUAAAGAAAUGUAACACAAACAUGAUUUUUAGAAACCUGUUGAAAGACAGCUCGAUACAUUUCCUAAAGGUUCAAACAUCUCCAAUGACACUCCACCGAUCAAUUCAUCAGGACAAUCUUCGAGUGCCCACCAGACUGACAUUGAAAUCGAAUUCGAUCCUCCCAUACUGUUUCAUGUAAGCGAUACCAACUCUGAUACAAAUGACAACAACACAGAUUCUGUUAGGAUGGUACAAACAGAAAUCCCAAUCACAGUGCCUGGAACAUCACGCCAUUUUGCAUCAGAACAGGACCAGUAUGCCGAUCAACGUAUAUCGGAUACAACUUCGGAUAACAGUGAUAUGUCAUCAAUAACUGAUUUCGAAUCAGAUACCAGCUCUGAUACAAAUGACAACAACACAGAUUCUGUUAGGAUGCUACAAACAGAAAUCCCAAUUGCAGUGCCUGGAACAUCACGCCAUUUAGCAUCAGAACAGGACCAGUAUGCCGAUCAAUGUGUAUCAGAUACAAAUUCGGAUAGUAGUGAUAUGUCAUCAAUAUCUGAUUUCGAAUCAGAUACAUUUCAAGACAUCGACUAUGAUACGGGCAAGCAAAGAUAUGAACAUAUAAAUCCGGCUGAACUGUUGCACCCGCACUUGGCUCUUACAAAGAACGAGGUUAUGCUCAUGCUUCUGCAUAUUUUUAUGAGACAUAAUCUUACAAACAAGGCACUCGAGGAUUUGUUGAACCUGGUUAAUAUAAUUGUGGGCUACACUUCGCUACCUAUGACAUUUUAUUCUUUUUCAAAAUACUUUGCGGCUAACGAGUUUACACGUCAUCACUUAUGCAAAUCAUGUGGCUUAUAUCUUGGCGAAGACGGAACGGAAUCGUGUCGAAUCUGCGGCGGUACUAAAACGGAAUAUUUCGUAUCUUUCGAUAUCAUAACGAAUCUAAGAAAUGUGCUGCUACGAAACUGGAGAGAUAUAGUUGAUUACAUGCAGACGACGUCAAACCAUUACAUUAAUGAUAUUAGGCAAGGUCGAGUCAUCCAAAAUUUGCUACAAGAAAAUCGAAUAUUUAUAUCGUUCAAUACCGAUGGUGUAGCAAUUUUCAACUCGAAUAUUAAGAAGUCCUUAUGGCCUAUUAUUGUUACGAUACACGACUUACCUCCUUCGCUUCGAUUUUUACGUCGGAAUACCAUAGUUGCAGGAUUAUGGCUUGGUAGUAGUGAUCCCGAUUUGGAUGUUUUUAUGAGACCAUUCUUGAAUCAGUUACAGGAUCUAGCUUACAAAGGAUUACAUAUUUUCGAAGAAAUGGUCAUCAAAGUAUUUACUGUUGCAUGCUGCGUAGAUAGUGUUGCUCGUUGCAAAUUGCAACAAAUUAAACAAUUCAACGGAUACGAAGCAUGCAGUUUCUGUAAGCAUCCAGGCAUCCUAACAGACGCUAAACAAAUACGAUACAGCUGCGUUUCAGAUAUUCAAUUGCGGAAUUAUCAAGAUACUGUUAACGCUAUGGACCUUUGUUCAAAACAUGGUGUACCUGUCAAUGGUAUAAAAGGUAUAUCUUGUUUAAUAGCUAUUCCACAUUUUGAUGUUAUUAUGAAUUGUCCGGUGGAUUACAUGCACGCAGUCCUUCUGGGAGUUUGUAAACAAUUGUGCAAUCUUUGGUUCGAUGGCUUCGGACAUGAAUGGUAUAUAAAAAGACACAUGGGCGCCAUUGACGAUAUCCUCACCUCAAUACACUCUUUCAAAGAAAUGUCUCGUAAUCCACGAAAAAUAGCUGAUCGAAAAACUUGGAAAGCGAAUGAGUGGCAAAAUUGGUUGCUCUUAUAUAGCUCCGUAUGUUUAAAAAAAUAUUUACCUCAAAAAUAUUACGAUCACUUCCUACUCUUAGUUUCGGUCAUACAAACGUUUCUAUCGAAUACUAUAACGGAUUUAGAAAUUCAAAAUUGUGAAACUCAGUUAAAGUUAUUCGUUGAACAGUUUGAACAACUAUACGGUAUAGAUGAAAUGAAAUACAAUGUUCAUUUAUUACUACAUAUACCCCUAUGCGUACGUAACUAUGGUCCAUUGUGGACAUUUUCUUUGUUCAAUUUUGAGGAUAUGAACGGAGUUUUGAAAAAAUAUGUCAAAGGCCCAAAAGACCCGAUUUUGCAAAUUGCAACUAGAUGUACAUUAGCACAAGUACAAGAAAAUACUGAUUAUGCCUUAAUUCGCCACGAUGAAGUAAAUAAAUUCUGUAAAAAUCUACAUAAAACUAGCAAAAGUGAAACAAAAUGUUUGACAAAAACUUUUACUAUUCCUACUCAUAUACGCAACACAUAUCAUAAUAAUAAUUUUGAAGAAAGAGAUAGCAUGAUUCAAAAUAGAUAUUUUUUUAAGCGAAGUAAAAUAACUCCCAACAAAACCAAAACUAGCUCAGAUGACUCAACGUUUACAAUAUAUUCUGAGGGAAAUCAUAUCUAUGGAGUUAUCGUUAAUAUUUUAUACUCGGAACCGAAUUAUUAUUUGUUGUAUAGACCUUUAGAUAUCGAAACAGAACAAGGCUUAUUGGUUAUUCGAAAAGAAAGAAAUGAAUUACUACUAAUUGAAACGAACAAUUCUUUGAAAAAAUGUGUGAAAAUUUUCGCUUUUGAAAAUGUGUAUAUUCGCCCAGUUGAAUUUGUACCUUGGGUAGAUUAGUAUGUAAUGUAUGCAAUAAAAAAUAAAAAUAAAUUAGAAAUGGAAAAAUCAUCUAAUUUUGUUUAUAUACAUCUACUAUUGAACAUCACAUUUAAAGUUUGUUACUAGGAGUUCAGAAUCUCUCAGAAUUUUCACCGAGACUCGCGCACCGCUCUCAGCAAACAUAUUUUUACGCCGAGACCUUUGUUACAGUAGCGUAUUGUUAUUGAAAUUAAAUAAUUUACUGAAAACCGCCUAACAAAUCUAUUUUUUUUCCGGAAUAUCAGUCCUUUAUUUUGCUGAGUAGACAACUCAACUUUUAACUGAGUAAAUAUCAUAUCAUACUGACAUAAGUAUUUCAUACAAUAAAUUCCUGCUGAAAGCACAUUCACCUCAGUAAUCAAUUGAAAAAGAAAUUCUAGUCAAAUUGGUGGUACGAACCAUAAUGACAUUAACUUAACAAUGUACUUUAUUGUAGCAUCGAUAAAUAUUGUAAAUUUACAGUAUAUACAAUAAAAUCUAACAGCACAUUAAAAAGUAUUGUAAAUUUAUUAUAAAUCCAUACGA